GCCUGCAGCUCGCUCGCUUUCUUCCCGCGUUAAGUAGAGUCUCCCGGCUUACUCCUAAGUCUGAGCUUAGUCCUGGAAGGUGUUUGGAGCACCAUAUGAGGUGUUGGGAAUUGAACCCAGGUUGGGUGUGUGCAAGAUUUUUAACUACCCUUGGAUGACAUUCCUGGUAUGGAGAUGAUUGAGGAACAGUUUGCUAAUCUGAACAUAGUUAAACGUUCCUCGGGAACUGAAGAGCCUACUUAUCUGCUUGACAUAGACACGUCGAAGACUGUGCAGGCAGAGAAAGGAAGCUUGGUUGCUGUUUUAUGUUCUAAUGGAUCAGUCAGACUAUAUGAUAAAGAAAGGUUAAAUAUACUGCGAGAAUUUAGUGGACAUCCUGGGUUUCUUAAUGGUGUCAAAUUUGCAAAUUCUUGUGACCGUGUGUAUUCAUCAUGUACUGAUGGCACUGUAAAAUGUUGGGAUGCUCGAUUAGCCAGUGAAAAACCUGUCCAGUUGUUCAAGGGCUACCCUUCUAAUAUUUUUAUCAGUUUUGAUAUCAGUUGUAAUGAUCAUGUCGUUUGUGCUGGCACGGAAAAAGUUGAUGAUGAUGCAUUGUUGGUAUUUUGGGAUGCCAGAAUGAAUUCUCAGGAUUCAUCUAGUACUAAAGAACCACUUGGUGCCUACUCAGAGACACAUAGUGAUGAUAUCACUAAAGUGUGUUUCCAUCCCAGAAACCCCAGUAUGGUAGUCUCAGGUUCAACUGAUGGCCUGGUGAACAUAUAUGAUAUUAGUCUUGAUAAUGAAGAAGAUGCCCUGGUGACAACGUGUAACUCGGUGUCAUCAGUAAGUAGUAUUGGUUGGUCUGGGAAAGAUUAUAAACAGAUUUACUGCAUGACACAUGAUGAAGGAUUUUAUUGGUGGGAUCUUAAUCAUCUGGAUACUGAUCAGCCUCUUACAUGUUUGAAUAUCCAAGAUGUUAGGGAAGUCAUUAACGUGAAAGAAGGUUCUUUGGACUAUUUGAUUGGUGGGCUGUAUCAUGAAAAAAUGGACAAAUUGUUUAUUGUUGGAGGAACAAACACAGGAAGGAUUCACUUAAUGAACUGCACUAUGUCGGGAUUGGUCCAUGUGGCCAGUCUUAAAGGAGGGCAUGCUGCUACCAUUCGUUCUUUCUGUUGGAAUAUGCAAGAUGAUUCUUUGCUAACUGGAGGAGAAGACGCACAGUUGUUACUCUGGAAACCUGAAGCAAGAGAGAAGACAUUCACAAAGAAAGACAGUAUGAAAGUAGCAUCCUCUGUGUACCACCGGGUUCGAGUCCACAGUAAUGAUACAUACAAGAGAAAAAAAAAGCAGUGAUGUUACCCUGGGAGUUUAUGUGAUAGGAUUUAGAGCUACAAUUAAUUGAUUUUUGAGUACUACCUAUGGUAGCUACAGUCAGGGUCUUACAUAAAAACAAGCCAGUGGUCUUGAUAUAUUCUAAAGUUAAUUUUUAUUUUAAAAAUUAUUUUUAGUUUUUAAUUCUUUUGGUUUUGUGGCCACAUGCAGUGGUGCUUAGGGCUUACUCCUGACUCUGUGCUGAGAGGUCACUCCUGGUGGACUUUGGGGACCAUAUGGAGUGCUGGGGAUUGAAUCUGAGUCGGCCACAUGCAAGGUAACCAUCCUAAAAUUAUUGCUUUGGACCUAAAAUUGUUUUUUAAAAUCUCUGAUUGAAUAUACAGUCAGCGAAUUGAAAGUAAAAUUACAUUUCUAAUUUUUAAAACCCAUCUGUUGAGUUAGUAGAUGUUGCAUAUGAAGAAAUAGUUUUGAUGAAGGAGAUGGCUGGUGUGACUAAAAAGCAUGAUUUAGAUAAAUUUUUUAAAUUUAAAUAGUUUAUUUUAAAUCAUCAUAAAAUAACUUCAUUGGUAAGUUCCUUGUUUUAGUACACAUACAUUACAUUAGACUAUUUAAGCAUAAAUAUUCUAAUGAGUUAAUAAAAUAAAAUUAGUGAUUUGCAUCUGUUCAAGGAAAAUGUUUUUAUUCUUUUUGUUGGUUAAACAGUUUCACUGUAAAGGAAGUUACCUUGCAAAAUUUAUUUUGACUCUGAAUAUAA